AUGUCAAUAAUGUCUGUUGAUUCUCAUCAAAUAAAUCCAAAUCCCAAACCAAUUAUUAUAAGUAAUAAUAGUACUAGUUUAAAAAAGAAAAACAAAAUUAAUAAAAAUAAUGAAGUUCGAUAUUUACAAGAAAAAGAUAUAUAUAAAGCUGCAUUAACUUUAAAAGAUGCAUUUUCAAAUGAUUCAUUAAGUAAAUUAUUAGUUUGUCAUAUAAAAGAUCAUUAUAAAAGAGAUUAUUGUGAAUUAUUAUUAUAUGAAGCUUAUAUAAAACAACAUUUACAAAAAGGAAUAGUAUUAGUUCAAGGAGAAAAUGAUAUAAAUUUUGAAACUGUUAGUAUUUGGUCACAUCCAAAAUCAGAAGAUGAAGGAUUAGAUUCAUUUUUUACAUUAAUGCAAUCUGGUUUUGAUAAAGUUUGGGAAAAUUUUGAAGAAAAAGGUAGAAAUAAAAUAUUUAGUGAAGAUGGGAUGUUAACUUUAUUACAUGAUUCAUGUGAAAGAAUUAUAAAUAAUGAUUUAAGAUUUAAAAAUAAACCUAUUUAUACUUUAGUUUAUGUUGGUUCAACAAAGCAAGCACAAGGUAAAGGAAAUUUAAGAAAAAUGUUUGAAUUUAUGUUUAAAAAUUAUAUUGAUCCAAAUAAUGCUUUAGCUUAUUUAGAAAGUUCAUCACCAAAUAAUAUUCCAAUUUAUGAAAAAUUUGAUUUUCAUUUUGUUGAAGAUAUAAUGUUGGGUGAAAAUGAUUUUGAAGGUGCAAUUGAAGGUGAAGAUUAUGCUAUAAUGAAUGUUAUGAUUAGAGGAAUUAAAGGUCAAGAUUGGAGUAAAAUUAAUGUUUCCAAAAGUAAUAAUAAUAUUAGUAAAUUUUAA